GCCUGGUUUUUAAGAGAAACCAUGGUGAACUUCGCAAAGUAUUUGGGUGUGGUGCUACUUGUUUUGAGCAUCAUUGGUGCUUUGGGUGGUGUUGGUCAUGGGGGUAAAGUAGAUGAGAGUAGUGGUUAUGGACGUUCAAGUGGAUGGAGAUUUGGUGGUGAUGAUGAGGAUUAUUGCUCAUAUAGAAGUUGGCGUAGUUGUGGGAACUUCUUUGGUAAAAUUGGCAAGGGUUUUGCUAGUGUUUGUGGUGGUGAAGAAGGUGGGAAAGGUUCUAGACGUGGAGAGGGAGAUGGUGUAGGAGGAGGAGGAGGAAGAGGAAGGCGUGAGGAUGGGGGUGUGGGUGGAGGUGGAGGUGGUAAUGGCAUUGUUGGGGGUUUUGGGCAUGGAGAAGGCUAUGGAGCUGGAGGUGACAUGGGAACUAAAGGUGGUGGUGGUAGUGGAGGAAGUGGCGAAGGUAGUGGAAAUGGAGCUAACGAAGGAUCAGGUUAUGGUAAUGGAUAUGGUGCUAGUGGUGGUGUAGGAGGUGAAUUUGGUGGUGUAGGUGGAGGUGGAGGUGGUAGUCGUCAUGAUAGUUUUGGUGAAGGGUAUGGUCAUGGUAGUGGUUUUGGUGCAAGGAUAGCCAUAGGAAGAGUUGAGGUAGGUGGAGGCAAUGGUGGUGGUGGUGGUGGAGGCGGUGGAGGUGGAGGUGAAUAUGGUGGCAAUGGUGGUAAUAGUGAUAAUGGUUCUAGUGAAGGGUAUGGCCAUGGUAGUGGUUUUGGUGCAGGGGUAGCAAUAGGAGGAGUUGGAGCAGGAGGAGGUAAUGGUGGUGGUGGAGGAAGUGGGGCUAAUGGAGGUUCAGGCCAUGGUAAUGGAUACGGUGCUGGUGGUGGUGUAGGAGGUGAAUCUAGUGGUGGAGGUGGAGGCAUUGGAUUUGGGUUUGGAGUAGGAGCCGGUGGAGGCUCAAGCAAUGAAGGCAAUAAAAGUGGUGGCAAUGAUGAUCCUUGAAAGCUUUGUUUUAUUACAAAAACCAAAGUGAAACCAAGUCCAGAGAACCUUAUUCUUUUUAGCAAAAUGAAUAGUAUUAUAAAGAUUUGUAUUUUCAUCAAAGUUUCAUGUUCCCAGGUCAACAUGACUUGAAUUUUCUCCCAAAUAAAUGUAACUUUCUUGA